CUCUUGAGUGUACACGUCAGCAUGAAACCGUUGAAAAUAGUUAUUAUUGGCCCAGUUGCGACUGGAAAAACAACAAUUGGUAAUUUUCUCGCUGAUGCCACAGGAAUGGGUUAUGAUUAUCGUCCUACACAAGGUGUUAGAAUAUUAGAAUUUGAAGCAUCGGAUGUAGACGUUAAAAAUAAAAAAAUAAAAAUCGAUAUUGAAUUGUGGGAUUGUAGCGGCGAUCAUAAGUUUGAAGAUUGUUGGUCGGCAUUGAGAAAAGAUGUACAAGGACUAAUAUUUGUAUAUAAUAAAAAAACCGACGAUCAAAUUCAAGAACUUGAAAAAUUUUAUAAUUACUUUGUACUAAAAUCUCAAUUAGAACCUAAAGACUGUGUGGUAUUUUUUUUUGAAUCAGAUAAACAAAUUGCCGAUGCACCUAAACGAUUGUCUAGUGUCUUCGCUAAAAUAUCUCAAGUAAAUUGCAAUGUAGAAGAAAAUAGAAACAAAUUAAAAUCAGACUUUCAAACAUUUUUGAGCACUUUGAUGACCAGAAUUCAAGAAAAGAGCGACCAUGAGGAAAAUAAUAUUCUAAAAAAUAGUUAA